CUUUUGUUUUAUUCCUAAAAUCAUCCCUAAACCUUCUGACAAACAGAAAUACCGGUCAAAUAUGAAAAGAAAAGAGACACAUACAGAUGAGCGUUUCCUAAAUGGGCGCUCAGCCUUCUGUUAUUCGAUCAUCAAACCCUGUUCUUCCCUCUAUACAAAACUUUUUCCCCUUUAUCUUCUAUCUCGUGCCCCGAGGUUUCAUCGUUAAAAUUUAGGGCAACAUUGGUGCUGCCGGCGAUCUUAACCCGUAGGGUUCCAUCUAUAAGGGGAAUGUUCAUGUUCAACAUUAGACAUUAGUUUAUCUGUUGAACAAAACAAAAUGAAACACAAGAACGGGAGUGGUAGCAGUGAACACCUAGAUUCGGAGUUUGAUGUUACUUACAGCGUCAAAGAUGAUGACAAGAUGGUUGGCCGUGCGUCUUCCUCUUCUUUCUCUUCUUCCUCUUCCUCAUCGUCUUCACAUCCAAUGGAAGUAAAUGGUGGUGAAAAUGAUGUGAAAUUCCCAGAAUUUGAAGAAAACGAAUCUAUCUCGCUAAGAUCAAAUAAUACGGAAUCAGCAAAAACGAGUUCAUCUGGGAGACUAACAGUGAAUUUAUCAUCAAUGGCUUCACCACGAUUCUCUGAUUUCGAUACAUCAAAUGCAUCUCCAAUACAAUCCCCUCCGAUCCAAGUGAUGGCGCAUUCCGAUGACUAUGAUCCAAACAGGAUCCCCUCAUCUAUAUUUUCUCCAAAACAGAGUGAUGAUUCGGAAUGGAGUGCAGCGUCGAAUGAAUCGUUAUUCAGUAUCCACAUGGGGAGCAAUAGCUUCUCCAUGGAUAGUGAUUUUUUUAUAAGCCAGUCUGGAAAACUUCACUGGCUGGACGAUGGAUUCGAGUAUUCAUGUUUUACGCCACAUGGCAGUUUGAUAAGCCCGAUGGUGGAAACAACAGUAGAAGACGAACGGAAGAGUGCCGAAGAGAAGGAAGAACUCCUUGAAACCCUAAAUGCAUCACCAACCGAUUUCGUAAGGGGAAAGGAAAGCUCACCGGAUUGGGAGUCCAGUCCAAAUUCUAGGGUUCCGACGGAGGGGACUCGUAAUUCGGAUUCAAGUUCCCAAAGCACUGGUUCAUUUGCAUUCCCUUUACUUGCAGAGGGGAGUCCGGUGAAGGAAGAAGCUGGAAAACCUCAGUCACCAUCAUCAACGCCGCCAACGCCUGCUGGAGCAGCGGAGGCAGAAACUACACCACCGCCUGCAGCUCCCGCCACAACCCCUAAAGCUGGUGGCAACCAAUGGUUCAAUUGCUUCUCAUAGAAAUUCCCAAAUAGCUCCAAAGAAACGACAGUGGUGGUCUUACCAACAAAAGCAGGAACGGGUGGUGGUGGGGCUGAAACUGCAGCGAUGGUAGAAGGGCAACGAAGACAUCAUGUGGUGUUGGAAACGACGAUGACGGAUGGUUGCGAUGGCAAUGGCGGAUUUACUGCUUCGUUUACCAUUUGCUGA